AACUAAAGAAAAGACCUUAAUGUGUCAAAUGUUAAAUGGAGAUUGAGUUUCUGCGCAUCAGCCACAGUGAACAGGAAACUAGUGGAGCAGAUGCAGUCUGUGGUACUGGGAGCACUUUACGGGUCAGGCUGGUUCUGUUGGGCUCCAGCAGCUGACAGAGGUUCAUCCUCUGAGGAGAGUCUAGAUCUUUCAGAAGCUCAUCAGAGGAGCUCAAAGGAUCUUGUGGGUCUCUGAAGACCCUGGUCCUCCUCAGAGACUCGAACAAUCCACACCAGCUCCACAGAUCCUCUGAGAACAUGAUGUCAUGGUUCAAAGGAAUUUUAAAAAUUAGAGAAACUUUCACAUUAAAGCUUAAUGACUGAUCUUUUAUUGUGUUUUCAAGUGAUUUAUUUGUACCAUCACUCGAAUCCAGCUUUGUCUUUUAAUUUGAAAAGCUGGAAGCGCAUGUGGAUGUGUCGUCUUUACAUGAGAGCCUACAGCUGUUAGCCUGUUAGCCUGUUAGCAGGUGUAUGUGGAGCAGAAAAUGUCUCGAGUGAAAGCAGAGGACGAGCUGCGGACUCUGAUGGAGUGUAAAUAUGUGUUUCCAGAACAGACUGUGUUUGAUCUGCAGCGGGUUCGAACCCUUUACUCUGAUCUUCGACUCUAUGUGGAUUUUUAUUGUUUUCCAAACAAAGAGAAGAAGAAGCUGGUUUACCUGGCCGGGACACUUCCUGUUCACUAUGAAGGAAGUGAGUAUAAUAUCCCAGUGUGCAUCUGGCUUCAUGAGACCCAUCCAGUGUCCCGUCCUCGCUGUUAUGUCUGUCCAUCCGUCACCAUGCUGAUUAACCCGUCCUGUUGCUGUGUGGACGCCUCCGGCAACAUCAGUUUGACCGAACUCAAGAACUGGACACUUGGUGUGUCCAACCUAUCACUGCUCAUGUCAGAGAUGAGGCGGGCCUUCCAAGUCGACACACCCCUUUAUGCCAGGUGUCCCGAACAUGCCCUGCCCCUUGCAGAUGGAAGGUCACACAGCCUCAACCAUACCUCCAUCACCUCCUCUUCCAUCACCUCCCCCCUUCUGUCUGCACAGAAAGCCAGUCAAUGGGAGCAGAGCAGGGAGAUGAGGGUGAGGAAGUCGUACACUGAGGAGCUGCUGGGGAUCGACUUCAGUGCUCCUCCUUCCUCCUCUAAUCGCAGCAGCCUCUUGCUGAGCGCCACCUUCUCAGGUCUCCCUCCAGAGCCCCUCAGCAGGAUGAUGGGGGCUCUGAGACUGGAUGAGUCAAGUAGAGACCAACAGAGUGACUCACCUGAAAGGAUUGUCAAAUCAGAGGCAGCGAGAGACAAGCACGGAGCCGGCCCUGGACCACAACCUGGACGUCAUCAGUACAUGUGUCCUCAGAGUCAGUGUGAAGUAGCAGCUGGAGGGGGCCACAUCAAGAUGGUGGACCAUCUUCCGCCAGACCAGGCGGCCAUCUUCCUGUCUCUAAUGAGGAUGGAGGGACGGAACUUCAAGCCCAGUGAUGUCAUGGAGGCGGUCCGACUCAACAGAGACCUGCCAUCAGCUCUCAGGUUCCUGACUCACUGCUGCCCCAUCUGUCAAGACCAGGUGACAUUUAGCAAGAUCAUCACCAUGACUCACUGCUCCUGCUUCCUGUGUCAGACUUGUUUCAAAACGUUUUUCUCAGCGGCUAUUAAAGAGCGAAGCGUCGACCAGCUGGUUUGUCCUCAGUGUGGCAGACCGGAGGUCAAAGGUCAGGGGGCGAUGGUGGAGUCCAUGGAAUACUUCAACCUUCUGGACACUCAGAUCCGUCACUUCCUGUCUCCUCAGGUUCAUGAACUCUUCCAGAGGAAACUCAGAGAUCGAGCUCUUCAGGAGAUGAAGAAUUUCUGCUGGUGUUCUCACUGUUCGUUCGGUAUACUUCAUGAAGCUGAGCGACUGAGGAUGGACUGUCCCAACUGUAAGAAGAGUACCUGCUCUCAGUGUAGAUCACCUUGGUCCCGUCAUCAUCAGGGUCGGUCAUGUGAUCAGUUCAGACUGUGGCAGCAGCAGAACAAGUCAGACGACGCCACACUGCUCAGCUACAACAGCAUCGAGUGUCCUGGGUGUCUCUGUGUCUUCAGUUUGUCUAGAGGAGGUUGUCUUCACUUCACCUGCAGUCAGUGUCAACAUCAGUUCUGUGGAGGCUGCAGUCAGACGUUCAGCCAGGGAGCGGUCUGUGGGUUCUCUGUCGACUGUGGAAACAAAGGUCUUCAUGCCCACCACCCCAGAGACUGUCUGUACCACCUGAGAGACUGGAGUGUGAGCCGCCUUCACCUGCUGCUACAGUAUUACAGAGUGUCUCCUACCUGGUUUGAAGCAGCCAAUGGCAGCUCAUCUGACAGCGGUCUGACAGGAGUGUGUUUGGUUUUGGAGCUGAGAGACCACGGCAGCUUGCGGGAGAAGCCAUGUGGACGAGCUGCUGAAUACAGAGGAUACUGCCGGUUGCACUAUAAGGAGCAUUUGGUGGAGUUGAUCAACUGUCGCAGUGCCGACCCGGCCGUCCUCUUUAAUGUGGCAGAGAUGACAGCAGAGCUGCAGCGCUAUCAUGUCGCCGUGCCGACUCGGAAACCAGAGGAACUGGAGCCGCUGUACGCUCACCGUCUGCGUCUGACUCUAGCGAAUCAAGUUCCUCUCAGGAAGCAACCACGCUCACCACUGAAACUCCACGACGACCUUCACCCUCUGACCUCUGCUGUGACGACUGGAGGUCCGCCCCCUCCCAACACGCCACUCCAUUAAAAGGCAGUGCUCUGUCACCAUUGCAACCACUGACUGUGGUUUAGAGGUUUUGUUUUAAUGCCAGUGACAUCAUUGGUGACAUCCCCUGUCAGCUUCCCUCUGUGGCUUAUGAUUGGCUCACUGGAGUUCAUAGAAACACACCCAGAGAAAAGUAAAAAGGACCAAAGAAAUUCAAGCAGCCAAUCAGAGUUCAGAAGUGCCAUUAACUUCAACAAGUUAAAUGUUAAUGAGCAGAGACAAGUUCUAAUGUGCUAAUGAUGCUAACGAGCUUCUCAGUACACAGUGUGGUUAACAGUAAGCAUUUGUUAGCAUUUGACCAACAUUUGUGUGUUUUUAUUCUUCUGCACUGUUUCAAUAAAGGACAUAAUAAAUAUCUUUAAACAUC